AUGACUGAUGUGAUCAGCCUGCUCACAUUUCCAGACACAUCCAAGGCAUUCACGGCCUACCGGUCUACAGUAGUCGAUGUUGACGAUCGGUCAGCAUCUCAUCCACGCAAAACCCCGCGCCUGGACGCCGACUCAGACUCCGGUUCUGCAUCCAGGUCGCGCAAUAGUGUCAAAGGCAAGAACGUCGACAGAGGCGGCCCAGUAAGGAUUCAGGUGCACGGUUUUACGGGCGGUGUGGUCGGAUCUGCGUUGAACAAGGCUUAUGAUAACUUGUUCGUGCGGCUAUCGCGCAGCAUCAGGGCACUUUUGGAGAAGGGAUCUGAUGAACUGAGUACGACGUAUGAGGGUGUCUACACUGCAUGCCGGAGCGUUGUGUGUGUUGCUGGGAGGGGCGAGGGCCUGUAUGAGAUGUUGAAAGUCGAGAUCCAUAAAUGCGUCAAUCGGCUGGCGGAAGAGCUUGAGAAAACCAAUAAGGAGGGUGUAGAGUGGGUCGGACAGUUCGUCGAGACCUGUACGUGGUUCGAAGGACAAGUGGCACUCCUGGAAUCGCUCCUUACCUACCUCGAUCGUGCUUAUGUGCUAAAGAAUCCUAGUCUUCUUUCUAUUCGAACUUCAGCGAUCUUGCAUUCACUCGCUUCAGAGAGCGCAUAUUUAGUGGUUAUAUCAGUCGUGGACAAGCUUCAGAAAGGAAUCUCUACAUGGGUUACAUGGGAGAGGAACGAGGGGCAGGUACAUAUCAACCGCCCCUUCCUCAAAGAGCUCGUCUCCCACCUCGUCACACACUACGUAUACGACGCUAUCUUCGAGCGACACUUCAUCGAGCAGACUCGGGAGUAUUUCUCAAAAGAGUCGUAUCAGAUGGUCGAGGUUGAGAAAGCCAAGGCGAAGGUGUUCCUCGCGCACUGCAACCAGCGGACGAAUGAGGAACAGGGUAGAGCGAGGGAUGUGAUGCCUGAUGGUACGGUCGCCCUUGUAAAGGAUACCGCCAUUCGGGCGCUGUUCGAGGGGAGGCUAGAGUGGAUGGCUAAAGAAGUGUUCAUGGAGUGUAAGGGUACGACUGAUCUCAAGAAAGCGUAUGCGCUGUUUGCAUCAGUAGACGGCCUGCCCGUGCUUUGCCGGGAGUUCAAGGCUUACGUCCAGGCAGGUAGAACAGUUCAAGAUAUCGUGAAAGAUGCAUCCAAGGAUGAUGAAAUGGUCAACCGUCUCCUCGAAUUCAAGUCCUUCGCGGACACAACACUCAAGGAAGCAUUCGUCAAUCCCUCCACUAAGCAAAACAACCAAGACUUUGCCUACGGGCUCAUCGAUGCGUUCACCAAGGGGUUCAAGGCGCGGCGCAAUAAGCCUGCUGAGCAGAUUGCGAAGCAUGUCGAUAGACUCAUGCGCCAUGGACAGCGGGGCGUUUCGGAUGCUGCGUUUGAGGCGUUGCUGGAUGCUGCUCUUGCGCUUUAUAGGUUUACAGAUGAUAAGGAUGUGUUUAGAACAUUUUAUCAUCGGGCGCUAGCGAAGAGAUUGUUGCUGGAACGCAGCGCCUCUGAUGAUUUUGAGAAGGCCAUGCUCAAGAAACUCAAAGAGAAAUAUGAUCCGGAGUUUGGGAUGGGAGAUCAUAUGUUCAACGACCUUGCCCUAUCGCGAGAUAUCAUGCGGGAGUACCACACUCGUAUCAGGCAUGAUAGCUCCGCGCAGAAACUCUCUGUUAUGGUUUUGCAACUCAGCGUCUGGCCGUUCCCUACGCGAACGAAAGGCGUGGACUUGCCUUCUCCAAUGCAAGCAGAUCUGGACAAUUACGCGACUUUUUACAAGAUCAAACAUCAGGGGCACAAACUCGAUUGGGAUCAUUCGCUUGGGACAGCUACGGUAAAGGCGCGGUUUGCGGCUGGUCCUAAGGAUCUUACGGUCAGCUUAUACCAAGCUGUCGUGCUGCUUCUUUUCAACAAGGAGACAGAGAUCGGGUUCAGACACAUCUUAGAGGAGACACUCUCAAUAGAUGACGAGGAGCUGAGGAGGACAUUGCAGAGUCUGGCGUGCGCGAACAAGAAGGUGUUGAAGAAGCGUCCGGUAGGAAAGGAUGUGAACGAUGACGAUGUCUUUUACUUUAAUCCGGAAUUCACCGAUGCGCGGGCGAAGGUGCACAUCAACUCUAUUCAAGCGAAGGAGACGGCUGAGGAAAACCAGCGAACUCAAUCGCACAUCGAGGGAGACCGCAAGCACUAUUUGGAUGCAGCGAUUGUGCGGAUUAUGAAAGCGAAGAAGGAGCUCUCGCAUGAGCAGUUGAAGAAUGAGACGAUUGAUGCUGUGAAGAGUCACUUUGUGCCGGAGGUGAGCGUUAUCAAGCUGCGGAUUGACGGGCUUGUCGAGCAGGAGUAUUUGAGACGGGACGAAGAGGAUCGCAAUUUGUAUAUUUACAUAGCGUAG